GCCGCCGCUCGGAUUUUCUGCAUUCGGGAUUUCCACAGCGUACCCUGGAUAAGGCCUGACAGAGUUUACGAUGGGGACCUUUAUAAGACUGAAGGGCCCUGGAAAGGGGUCCUGCUCGCAAAUUGUUCAUUUGAAUCGCUGUCCAUUUGUCUAGGGUUCGUGCACAGCUUGCCGACGCUGGUACCUUGCUUCGACCGUUCAGCAUGGUCAAGACUGUGGAAGCGUGGGUGUGGGUGGCCGUGGUCCUGGCUAUCACGGUGCUGCGCUAUGUCUCCCGGAUGUUGCAGUUGGGCGCUCUGCGAAACCUGCAGCUGGAAGACGUCGCAAUGGCAUUGACGGUGAUAAUGUACAUACUUUUAACCGUCUUCCUAAUCCAAGUCGACAAGCACGGCACAAACGGCGUCCCUCCGCACGAAAUCCCAAACCUCGAUCCAGCAACAUUCCCGGACCGCGUCGUCGGGAGUAAGUUGGUCGUUGCAGCUGAACAGUUCUGGCUGCUCGUCGUCUGGGGAUGUAAAUGGUGUUUGCUUUUACUCUACUCGACCAUGACCUCCGGCCUGUGGCAACACCGCUUCGUCAAGAUCAUCGGCGGCAUCUGCAUCUUCUCCUUCGUCCUCAUCGAAAUCCUCUUCUUCGCCGUCUGGUGCCGCCCCUUCUCCGCCUACUGGUCCGUCCCGCCGAAAUCCCAGCAGUGCUCCGUGUACACCAACCACGUCAUCAUAACCCUCGCAUUCAACAUCUCGACGGAUGUAAUGAUCAUGGCGAUUCCGCUACCGCUCCUAAUCCGCGCGAGAUUGUCGCUGUCGAAGAAGAUUACGCUGUGUGCUGUCUUUUCACUAGGCGCGUUCGUGAUACUGGCGAGUAUCUUGUCGAAAUAUUACUCCAUCUCGCAGCCCUACGGGAUGAAGUGGAUAGACUGGUACGUCCGCGAAGCCGCGACCGCAGUCAUCGUCGCGAACAUCCCGCAGACGUGGACGCUGUUCCGCCGGCUGUUCAACUGGAGUUCGUUCCUGCAUGCGUCGUCGUAUAACGCGCGCAGCCAGAAUAAGUACUCGCAUUCGGCGACGGGUCGUCUGCAUAGUGCAUCCAUGCACCUCUCGCGGUUUCGGCGCGGCGACCGCGACGGAGAGGGCGGGGGGAAGUCCGGGGUGAGGUCGCGGUCGGCGACGCUGGGGGAUCCGAUGGCCUCGGGCGAACAUUUUGUGCGGCAGCAGCCGCUGGAGAUCUGGGCGCAUCGCCAGUUUGAUGUUACGAAUGAGGUUGAUCAGACGAGGCGGAGCGGGAGUUUGAGUGGGAGCAGUGGGACUCUCGAGUUUGAUACGACGGGGGUGCAGGAGGGGCCGACCAAGACGGUUGUUACGGUCAAGGGGCAUGAGCAAUAAGUGCGGGGAUUGUCCUACAUGAGAUCCGAGGGCUUUGGAGGAGGAUUGCUUGGCUAUGUGCCUGAGAGAUGAUGAUUUGGAGUAAUAGACGUAUAGACUGGCUCGGCGUUUUGUAUACAUUGUUAGGGAAGGCGCAGAGGCGGCCAAUGUCCUCCAUUAGAACUCUGCUCCGCUUCAAGCUUCUUGUUCUGAGAUCAUAUUAUUACUUCCAUCGCCUAGUAUGAGUCGAGACUACAAAGCGGUUGCGAAUAACGCACGUCACACCACCAGGUAAGAAGAUACGGAC